UGCGGGGCGCGUGGGGACACUCGAUCCUCCACGGCGUGCUGACCAGCAUCCUCCAACCUCCAUCAUCGUCCAUCGUCAUCCGCCACUGCACGUGCACAGUCGGCAGCGCGCGGGAUGAAUUGACACGGGCUGAGCUCGCGCCUCCAUCCAUGGAUGAUCUCGUGCGCGCCGGAAGGAGCUCGGGGGUCUAACUUCGGCGCUCUUUCAGUGAGAACUCGACUCUUUUAACAGUCGUCGCUGAUAUUCAUAGUGAAAGGCGCAGUUCGAGGCGCGGCUGCUCGGCGCUCCAGAUGUUGGUCCACACGUACUCCAGCAUGGAGCGCUCCGACGGGCUCUCCGCUUCCCCCCCGGGCGCCCGGCUCUCGCAGCUCUCCUCCCAGCUGUCCUCGCUCAACCAGGCGGCCUACUCCUCGGCGCCCCCGCUCUGCCACACUCCGGCCUCGGACUUCCAGCCGCCCUACUUCCCCCCGCCGUACCCGCAGCCGCCGCUCUCCUACAGCCAGGGCCAGGAGCCCGGCUACCCGCACCUGCCGGACCCGUACCCGUCCAUCAACGCCGUGCACCAGCACCAGCAGCCGGCCUGGCCCCCGCAGCGCUCCCGGCCGGAGGAGGGCGCCCUGCUGCCGCAGUCGCACCGGGCGCUGAGCCUCGACCCCCGGCGGGAAUACCCCGGGGUCCCCCGUCUCCUGCACGGGCUGGGGGAAGGGGCGGCGGCGCUGGGGGAAGGGCCCCUCAUGCACGCGGUGGGUCACCAGGCCCUGGAGAACGUGCAGGCAACGGAGGAGGGCUCAGCGCUGGGCAUCCUGGACCACUCGGUCAUCAAGAAAGUACCCGUCCCAUCCAAGCUCAACGGCUCUGCCCUCUCCGCCCUUUCCCUCAGCAAGGAGGGCUUGGGCCUGGGGGGGGUGUCGAACCCGGCCGAGGUCUUCUGCUCCGUCCCAGGCCGUCUGUCCCUCCUCAGCUCCACCUCCAAGUACAAGGUGACGGUGGGGGAGGUGCAGCGGCGACUGGCCCCCCCCGAGUGCCUCAACGCCUCCCUGCUGGGCGGAGUCCUGCGCAGGGCCAAAUCGAAGAACGGCGGGCGCUGCUUGAGGGACCGUCUGGAGAAGAUCGGCCUGAACCUGCCAGCUGGCCGACGCAAGGCCGCCAACGUCACGCUGCUGACCGCUUUGGUCGAGGGCGAGGCGGUACACCUGGCGCGCGACUUUGGCUACGUGUGUGAGACGGAGUUCCCAGCGAGGGCCGCGGCAGAGUACCUGUGCCGGCAAAGCGACCCCGAUCAGCUGCCGGCGCGACGCAGCAUGCUGCUGGCCACCAAGCAGAUCUGCAAGGAGUUCAUGGACCUCAUGUCCCAGGACCGCUCUCCGCUGGGUGCGGGGCGGCCCAACCCGUGCCUGGAGCCCGGCGUGCAGAGCAGCCUGACCCACUUCAGUCUGCUGACGCACGGCUUCGGCACACCGGCCAUCUGCGCCGCGCUCUCCGCCUUCCAGAGCUACCUGCUGGAGGCGCUCAAGCUGCUGGACAAAGGUGAGGCUGGAGCCAAAGGCCUCCACGAGAAGGACCUCAAACACCGCAAGUAAACGCCGGGGGGAGGAGGGGCUCCGCUCCAGCCCCCCUCACGCUCGCGCUUCCGCAGGCGGGUGACCCCAGGUGGACGCGUCGCUCCCGAACAGACGUGUCCCCGGGGGUGUCCUUCGUAGCGACGGGCGCUGACACGACGCCCACGGCUGCAUCCUGGGCUCGGGUGCGACACCGCCGCGGACGCUGCUCUCCGCCACACACCCACGCUCCUACUCGGACUGGGCUCCAGAACGCAGCGGAGGUUUGAGCAGGGGCUCAAUUUGUCUAUUUUAAGUAUUUCAAUCUGUUAAAAAAUGUUUUUGUACUUAUUGUUGUAUCUUUAUUAUUAUUAG